GGACUGUGUUACGUUCUCAGCCUGCCGCUUGUUUCCUUUACCUCUAUGCCGUAUCAUUUCGCUGUUAGCCUUUGUACAUCCAGUAGGCUUAUCGCUACGCAUUGCGUCUGGUCAACGUCUGUAUCGCAGGCCAAAGAUGAUCGCACUCCGCUCUUCAAGCUCAAGCUUUAUCCAAUAACAUGGCCUCUCAAAGCAUCAUCCCUAUCCCUGCAGACUCACCGUUUUCAUUAGCCAAUAUUCCCUUUGGCAUAUUCUCCACCCUAUCACAGCCCCACCCCCGUCCUGGUGUAGCCAUCGGGGAACACAUCCUUGACCUCAGAGUCCUCGCACUUGAGGGAAUAUUCACGGAUUGUAAAGUAACGUUUCCGAGUGAUGUCCUCACACAUACGACCCUUAAUGCCUUCGCUGCUCUUGGAAGGCCCACUACAUCCGGCGUACGCGCAUACAUCCAGUCACUCUUGUCCCAAUCCUCUUCUCUUUUACACUUGAACCCUUCCCUUCUCGAGCGCUGCACUGUAAAGCAAAUAGAAGCGACGAUGCACCUCCCAUUUGAUAUUGGCGAUUUCACGGAUUUCACGAGUUCUAAGACACCUGAUGUGUGCGAUACAGCAUGCAAAAAAACACGCACUCGGGACAUGGACAUGGGGGUGUUGAUGCUGACAUGUACGUUCCAUCCUCCUCGUGCAGCCUCAGGACGUGUAUCUACCAUUCUUCCCUCUGGUACACCUAUUGUACGGCCAGUGGGUCAUCUCCCGCCUAGUGCGUCCCCAGAAAGGUCAUAUUCUGGGCUCCUCGAAGACAAAGCCCUCGACGACCUUCCCUCAGACACUCCUGUCGAUUCAAGGACACUUGCUCGAACAACAGGAUUCUCGCUUGCACCCACAAGCGAACUCGAUUUCGAGCUCGAACUCGCGUUUUUCAUUAGCGUCCCGACAGAGCACUUCGAACGCGUGCCAGUGGAGAAAACGGAGGAACAUAUAUUUGGAGUUGUGUUGCUGAAUGAUUGGAGUGCGCGAGAUAUACAAAUCCCGGAAACCCUUCCCUUCGGAGCAUUUAACGCAAAGAACUUUGCGAGCACUAUCAGCCCGUGGGUGGUCACCCUCGAUGCGCUGGAACCGUUCAAGAUUGCACAUGACAUACGGAGGGUCCCGUCGUACCUUGUGGAUAAGGGUGAUGCGACGUAUGAUAUCUCGGUCAGCAUGAGGGUGAUACCAGGUGGAUUGAUGGAAAAGGAGAUGGGGGGUGGCGAGAUCAUGCUUGCUUUCCAUACACUCUCAGGAUGCCGUAUGCGUACUGGGGAUUUGAUAGGAACGGGGACGUUGUCUGGAGAGGAUACAAUCUCCCUUUGUUCCCUCAUCGAGCAGCGCAAGCACUUCCCUAACCGAAUGUUCUUACAAGACAGGGAUGAAGUUGUGUUCACGGCUUGGUGCGGGUCUCUCCAAAGAGGAGUAGGAUUCGGAGAGUGUCGCGGGGUAGUGCUGCCUGCGAGAUUGUAACAUAACUACACGACAUGCUGAAGAGACAUAAACCGGCAGGAGACCACCACUAUUGAUGAUCGUUUAUGGCGAAGGCGGGACACGCAAAGUCAUACAAACUGUCGAGAAGGGCCGAGGGGCUCGCAGCCCAGAGAAAGCG